AUGACGCACCCCACAGAACCGAUCGAUGAGACCCAUACGUUGGCCCAGUUCAAAUCUGAAAUCUCAAACAGGCGUAUAUACACUGGAAAUGGUGUAGCUCGUUUCAAGAGACUGCCGAGAGUCUGCGGGUUGGAGCAUCUCGACUUCACCCCCUCCAUAUCUCAGGCGCACAACCUCCGAAUAGAGAUGGCACGAACAGAGAGAUACGUCACAACGUUUUCGCAGGUCCUUGAGGUUGACAAGAUAACGGAAAGGCUCGAAUAUUCGACCAGUGAGGAGCAGGGAACCGUAGAAGCCGUUUUCAUCCCGUAA